AGAGCUUUUGGGACGGCAGUGCUGAGAGGACGUGCUGCUUCCAGCGCUCAUCUGUUGCCAACAUGGCAAGAGGAAAGGCUCGACGCGCCAGGCGCCCGAAGGCAUCUGAGCGCUCCGCUGCGAGCGAGGCUGUUGGUGAGGCCCGUCAGCGCCGCGUAGAAGAGGCAGCAGCAAUGAGUCAAAGGCUCCGUGUGCUGCUGGCGUUGUGGAUGGCAUUUUCAGUACAAGCUCUUGCCUCCGCUGGCCAGCUUUGCAGAACGUGGCGUGACAAAGCCACGGGAAUGGCAGGCAAGCUGGCUGCUGCUGCUGCAGGGCACAAGAAGAUGCUUUUCAGGCUGUCCAUCAUAGUGCUCCUGGUGACUUUGGCCAUGGUGAAUGUGUGUGUCUUCAAGACUUGCUGGGCAGCUAGGAGAAUUUGGGAAGACAGCACGGCACAGGAGAUCGAGAGACUCCAACAGGCAGCGUCUGAGCUGAGAGCGCAGCUGGACUGCUACCAGACACCUGACUGGGCGCUGCAAAGCUUUGGUGAGGACACAGGCAGGCAAGCCCUGCUACCCUGUGCUUCUCCACGUCUGCGGCCUCUUGCACUCAUCUCCUCCCCCAUCAUUACAGGUGCCACCAUCGACACGCGGAGAACUUCUCCUAUUUACGAGCUGAGGAGCUGGUUUAGCAGACACUGCUUCUGGUGCUCUGUGAACCCUCCGGAUACCAUAUUGCAGCCGGGUGUCUCCCUUGGAGAAUGCUGGCCCAUGGAAGGACAGCAGGGCCAGGUGGUCAUCAGGCUGCGUGCCAAAAUCCGGCCCUCUUGUGUCACUCUGGAGCACAUCACCCCGGAGAUGACUCCGAGCGGCACAGCCAGCAGUGCCCCCAGGGAUGUCGCUGUCUUUGGACUGGAUGCGGACAGUGAAGAGGAGGUUCCCCUUGUGUCAUUCACCUUUGAUGUGGGGGAAGGGCCCACGCAGACCUUCUUGCUAAAGAAUAAUCAUUCCAGAGCCUUUCGCUACAUCAAGGUUCUGGUGAAGAGCAACUGGGGACACCCCCGUUACACCUGCCUUUACCGAGUGCAGGUGCACGGAAAGGUGGUGAAAACAGAAGACCAUAGAACCGCAGAGUCAUUGAAUGGCUAAGGCUGGAAAAGACCCACAGGAUCAUGCGAUGCAACCAGUCACCCGUCACCAGCGGUUCUCAUGAAACCAAGGUCUGUAAUUGGGUUUGUCGUUGAAAAAAUAAAGACCUUAACCACA